UUUCCAAAUUGCUGAGGUGUCAAAUAAUUGUCAAUUUUGGAUUAGACAAAUUUUUUGCACUCGUGUUGAUUUCGUUUUUCGCCUGAAUCUGAAUGCCUCAAAAAUAAAAGGAAAAUCGUGUGAAGAUGUCCAAGGAUCCGAACCAAAAGGAAGCUAUCAUAAAGGCUGCAUAUGCGGAUGUAAAUAAAUUUGGUCAAAAUGGCGAAUACGAAAAGGCAGUCAAGGCGGUGAAUAGAGUUUUGGGCGUUGCGCCGGAUGAUCAGACAGCUUUGCAUUGCAAAGUUGUUUGCCUGAUACAACUUUCAAAGUUCGAGGAGGCAUACAAAUUCAUAGAAAAGAAUAAACUUGCCGCCACUCUAGUGCUGGAAAAGGCCUACUGCGAGUAUCGCUUGCACAAGCCCGAGCAAGCAUUGAAAACUAUUGAUAAUGCUGAUGUUAAUCCAUUGCCGGUGAGCUUGAAAGAGUUGCGCACACAAGUGCUAUAUCGGUUGGAAAGGUAUGAGGAGUGCUUUGAUGCUUACAGGGAAAUAAUCAAAAAUACCAAUGAUGAUUAUGAAAAUGAAAGGCGCACAAAUUUGAGUGCUGUUGCCGCUAACUUGGCAGUAGAUAAGAAUAAGGAAAUACCUGAGCUGCCGGAAGAAACAUAUGAGCAGUACUAUAACGCCGCUUGCAUAGCUUCGAAUCGCCAGCGAUAUGCCGAGGCUGAGAAAAAAUUGCGUGCCAGCGAAAAACUUUGUCGUGAAACUUUGGAAGAGGAUGGCGUGACGGAGGAGGAAAUGCGCGAAGAAUUAGAACCGAUACGUGUGCAGUUGGGUUAUUGCUUGCAAAUGCAGGGGAAAUUAAAGGAAGCGGCAGCCAUAUAUGCGGAAUGUUUGCGCUUUAAGCCCAAAGAUCCAGUUUUAGUUGCUGUGGCCAGCAAUAAUUCGGUGGUCAUCAAUAAGGAUCAGAACGUGUUUGACUCUAAAAAGAAAAUACGCUCGGCUAUGUCAGAAGUAUGCGAAUCGAAGUUGACUAGUCGUCAGAAGAAAGCAAUUGCAUUGAACAAUUGUUUGCUUGCAUUUUUUACAAACUCCAGUGACCAAGUACAGCAAUUAUGCCAGAAGUUAGUGGAAACUUAUCCUGAUUUGGAAUUCCAAACUCUACUUAUACGUUGCUCUCAACUCACCAAGGAUAAGCGACAGAAAGAAGCAGUGGAUUUGUUGAAUAAGUACGCGGCUGCACAUAAAGAAAAUGCCUUUGCAUCAAAAUUUGCCAUUGUGCAACUUUUCCUGUCUCAAGGCAGCCGCAAAGAGGCGAUUGAUAUUCUGCUUUCACUUGGCGAGCAAAUGUACAAACCCGGUAUUAUAUCUGCGUUAGUAACACUCUACUUGGGCACAGAUAAUAAACGCGCCGCAUCUGAGCUGCUGAAGUCGGCUGUCGAAUGGUAUAAAAUGAACAAUGUAAGCAGUGGCGAUUUGAGCGAUAUGUGGCGCCAAGCUGCAGAAUUCCACUUACGUGGCGGUGCAUCUCAAACAGCAGCCAGUUCACUUGAAGAGCUACUCAAGUUAAAUGCCAAUGAUAUGAAAGUAUUGGCACAGUUGGUUAUUGCAUAUGCACAAUUCAAUCCAAAACGUGCCUUGGAAUUAAGUAAACGUCUACCGAAACUUGAAACACUUACUACUGCCUCCGAAAUCGAUGCGUUAGAGGCGGCCAAUUGGGUGAUGUCUACAAAAGCAGCAAAGAAGACAGCGAAUGCUAAAAUCGACCAAUCCCCUGGCACGCCAGUUGUCGAGAAAAAGAAGAGCCGCAACCGGAAACGCAAAGGUAAACUGCCCAAAAACUACAACGCCGAGGUGCCACCAGAUCCAGAGCGCUGGUUGCCCAAAUAUGAACGUACUGGUUUCCGUAAGAAGCGUGAUCGUCGUGCAAAGGAUAUUAUUAAGGGUUCACAGGGUAUGGCUAGUGGCGCUGCUGAUCAAUAUGAUAUGUCGAAUCGUGCCAAUCUUAGCAAAAAUUCUCCCGCCACCCCUGUCUACCAAGAACCGACACCAGGACCACGUCAGCAGCAUCGCAAGGGUGGUCAUAAAAAGAAGAAGGGUGGACGUUUCUAAACCCUAUGCCACGCUGGCAUAGUUUAAGCUAUUCGGGGAAUUUUUUAAAGCAUGCUUUUAAUAUUUUCUAAGUUAUUGUGCUUGAAUAUUACAACAGUAGAGGAUAUAUAAAGCAAAAUGCAUUUGCAUCGAGAAUAAGCUGGAAAUAAAUUAUAUAAAAGCUC